GUUGUUGGUAGAAUUGAAAAUAAAUUGUCCUUGUGGUACGAUACAUGCACAAAAUGUUCCGCUUCUAUUUAUAAAACCAAAGAUACAACAAAUUGCAACAAAUGCAACCAGGAAAAUGUCGAAACCAAUCCUAGAUUCAGGGUUGUUUUGAAUGUCGUCCAUGGAUCACAUAAUGCAACCAUAACUAUUUGCACAGUUCUUGAAUACAUAAAAUCCAUUGAGGUGGGGGAGACUAGCUCCAAAUUUUUUCGAGAACUUAGCUUGCAAACUUCAGCAACAUUUAGAUUUCUCAUACCAUUAAAUGUCAAAACCAAGGUGGAUAGUAAAAAGUUAACUGCUGUUGCUGAAGCAAUCGAGAAGAUUAACCCUCCCUUAGAAAAGGACAAGAAGAGAAUAAAGAACGAUAGAGAUGUCGAUGGAAAUUUUCAAAAACAUUCGCAUCCGAAAAAACAAAAUAAAAUAAACAACAAAUCACUCACACCUCAGCUAACCGAUGAAGAAACUAUACAAACAAUGAAGAAGACGUACGUCAAGAAAAUGUCGGCUUCAAGAAACAAAAAAACCAAGAAAGUGGUUGAAAUAAAAAAGGAGAAGCCA